CCGCAUGCGGCACGACAAGUCAAGCUCUCCGGGGUUUUAACUAUGCUGUGCUUUCCUUUUUUUCAUAACUCUCGAGAUAAAUCCUUGAAGUAAUGCCAAAACAUUUCACUGAAGUCAGGAGGUGAUAGUGGGUAUUGGUAAAUUCAAACAAGAUUAAAGUAUCUAGCAACAAUAAAGUUUCUCCGCACUUGACGGUGGACUCCUGACCUCAAGUGUACCUCAGUGUGCUCGCGAUGGUCAGCAGGUACGUUAAUGUUUCCUUCAUCGGUGAAGCGAACAUUCAAUCAUUUGGUGACAGUGCAAGUUACAGUGAAGACCAACUGCCGGGGGGCGGAGGACCACCUGCCAACAACUCCUGGGUAACGUGGGGAGCGGUGGCCCUCUCUGUCCUCCUCCUCUUCCUCCUCCUCGUUUACGUGGUGAAAAGGAUACGGCGACCUCGAUCAGGGUACCAGAAUCUGGAGGGAACGCGGCGACAAAUGGUAGCCAUAUCUCAGCUGCUGGAGGAGAUCCGUGGACGUCCCCGACGUGUCCAGCCCUACGAGCCUCUUACUGAAAGCGAGACACAUUUCUUCGUCCACGACUUCAAAGACUUUUAUUAAUUUACUCAAGUCACUCUGGUAAUGGCGGCUCUCUAACUCGACCAACACUCAAGCCAAAGGAUAUCUGCGUCACCUUCCUCUACAUUUUAUGAGGUUGGGUAGGCAAAUAAUGCACUAAAAUUGACUCGCCUAAGAGUAAGACUGAUUUUAUCGCUUGGGGGGAAAGUGUGAUUCUGAAAGAUGAAAUAUGUCGGCGUGUGCGCGUGCGCGCAAGAGUAAAUGUACAGUACCUAGCUGUAAUAUGUUCACGGGGAAGCAACCGUCUGAGGGGUAGUAAAGAGGGAAAAAAUGUUUGUACACACUCGCCAAGUAACUUUGGCUCAGUGCCGACAGUGAUGCGGCCCUGUGUAUUUGUUUGUCAUGUCGUUUUGGUAUAGUGUACUGUAGUAUUUAGGCCAGUUGGCAUGUUGACAUUAGUGAGUUUUCAAGUCGAAAAUUUUAAUUAUUCCUCUUGUUUAAAUCUUAAUAAAUCAUAUUGAUUUUGCAUAUUCACAAUAAAUGAAUAUUUGUCA